GAGGGGGGUAGUGAAAAAGGAAAGAAAGCACGCUGGCUGCCAGUCCAGUCCGACUCUGAGGAGGGAAGCAGGAAUGCGCUACGUCUCUAGGAUUCUUCUUUUUGUGGGGAUUUAACAAAAAGAGCCUUUUUUUUUUUUUAGAAGAGUAGGGUUGUACAAAAAGUGCCAAACUAUCGCGAGUUUUGGAAGCAACUUUUGUUUGGAUCCGCGAUGGACUAAGUCUAGUUGGCUUCCCCCCCCCCCCCCCCUCGUUUGUCGCGUUCUGCUCGGAAUGUCGCGUGUCGCCGCGUCGUCGCCGCCGCCGUGCGCUUUUGUCGGCGUCUAGACGCAACCGGUGCGUGUCCGCAUCCGAUGUUGCGUCCGUCAGUCGGCUGUGCGAGCUCUGCACGGCGUCUCACUGACGUCUCCAUGUUGAGUUCGAGUUAAGUUCGGGACGGCCGUGUAAAGAGUCACUCUCUUACCCUCCUUCACCCCCACCUUCCACUCCCCCCCUCCCCCAAAUAGAUAGUCGGGUCGUCUAUGUUCAGGACGAGACGCUCGGGUCUUGUGCGGCGACUCUGGAGAAGCCGUUUGGUUCCAGAUAAAGACGGGGACGAUGGAAAUGUGGCAAGUAGCGAGGGGUGCAGCAGGGACGAGGCGUUCGCGAACAACCCGCAGAAGAUUCCCAAAACGGAGUUCGGAUCGAUGACCCCGAGCGGGGCUUUCGCGGGUGGCCCAGGCGGGCUGGACCAAGAUGGAGGUACCGACGCCAGGACGGUGACCUGCUGCCUAUUUAAAGAGCGGGACCACGCCGAGGACGGGAUGAGGGACCACCAGCUCGGUUCCCCCGAGUCCCCGGAAGCGAUGACGCCUCCCCGCGCGGUGCUGGAGGAAGAAGUCAAACUGGCCGCGCACACUCUUUUAAAAAAGCUGAAGGAGAAAGCGCUGGAUACUUUACUGGAGGCGGUGGAGUCCAGAGGAGGGCUGCCCAGCGACUGUGUCAUGGUGUCCCGGACCGAGCUCGUCUCGUCCCCGCAGCUGCUGGUGUGUCGACUGUACCGCUGGUCAGACCUCCAGCACCCGGCCCAGCUCAAGGCGCUCUGUGAGUGUAAGAGCUUCGGAGGAGCGGACAGUCCGACCGUGUGCUGCAACCCCUACCACUACAGCCGCCUCUGUGGGCCAGAGUCACCUCCGCCUCCAUAUUCAAGGCUCUCCCCAAAUGAAGAACACAAGCCACUGGACCUGUCAGACUCCACAUUGUCUUACACUGAAACGGAGGCCGCCAGCUCACCAAACAUCACACCAGGGGAUUUCUCAGAUGCCAGCAUGUCACCUGACGCCCCCAAGCAGAGCCACUGGUGCAACGUGGCGUACUGGGAGCACCGCACGCGCGUGGGCCGCCUCUACACCGUGUACGAGCACUCCGUCAGCAUCUUCUACGACCUACCUCAGGGCACGGGCUUCUGCCUGGGCCAGCUGGGCCUGGAGCGGCGCAGCAGCACGGUGCAGCGCACGCGCGGCAAGAUCGGCUACGGCCUCCUCCUCAGCAAGGAGGCGGACGGCGUGUGGGCGUACAACCGCAGCGAGCACCCCAUCUUUGUCAACUCGCCCACCCUGGACGUGCCCAACGGCAGGAGCUUGGUGGUGCGCAAGGUGAUGCCGGGGUUCUCCAUCAAGGUGUUCGACUACGAUCGCCUGUGCCUGCUGUGCCGCACGGCCGACGCCGAGCACCCGGACGGACCCUUCGACCCCAACAGCGUGCGCAUCAGCUUCGCCAAGGGCUGGGGGCCCUGCUACUCCAGACAGUUCAUCACUUCCUGCCCGUGCUGGCUGGAGAUCCUCCUCAACAACCACAGAUAACACGGACCCCCCACAGACCAUCCCAAAUAUCAUCUACCUAGAUUUAAUAUAAAGUUUUAUAUAUUAUAUGAAAUAUAUAUAUUAUACUUGUAAAUACGGAGUCCUUUUUACAAUGUCAUUAUUUAUGUAUGGUGCAAUGUGUAUAUGGACAAGAGGAAAAAAAUGGAAAAUGCACUUUGGCUUAUAUAUAUUAUAUAUAUAAAUACAUAUAAAGAGAAAGGAAAUUUCAAUACCAACUUGAGAAAUUAUACAGCAAAAUGAGGAGGAGCCUGGAUUUGGUGUAUAGUUUUUAUAUACGAUUAAUAUCCAGACGAAAAGCUAACACCAUUCACACAUUGAUAAUAAAGU